AUGAAACUCGCCAAUGACUCUAACAAGAAUCAACUAUUGAAGAAUUUGGAAUAUGAAACAUUUAUUCCCCUAUCGCUGACAACAUGCAGAGGAGUAGUGAGAGAUCUUGGUACAAGAAUUACUGAAGAUGAGGUACUAAAAAUUGCCAAUGAGGAACUUGUUAAUAACAGAAAAAUCCUGGAGGUGAGGAGACUGACUGGAAGAAUAGUAGAUAGAGUAUCCAAAGAAGUGUCUUACGGCCCUACUGGCACAUUUAUUUUUACCUUCGAAGGCAAGUCCUUUCCGAAGUACGUAUCCAUCUACAACAAUAAGCUAGAAGUUAAGACAUACAUCAAAUCAAUAAUGCUCUGUGCGAAAUGUUUCAGAUUCAAUCACUCAAAAAACAUGUGUAGAAGCAGAGAAAGGUGUGUAAAAUGCGGAAAAAAUGAACACUCAAUGGAGAACUGUCCAGUAGGAGAAGCAAGGUGUUUAUAUGUCGAGAGGGUCAUCUGGUCACCGACAGAAGACCCAAAAAAAAAAAGCUCAGAGUUUAUCAGGCAGCAAAAGAUAAACGAAAUUAUGAGCUGUGACAAUCUAACCUAUUACGAGGCUUCCAAGAAAUGUCCAAGUGGCACUAGUGGCAGAGAAGGCCCGUAUACACAGAUAGUGGACAACACAAACUGUUCACCUCUUCGACAGCCAGACAACGAAUUCAGUCAGAUAAUAAACGAAAGCGGGAGGAGACUGCGAAUGGCAGCCAAUUUGGUCACCUUCAUAUAA